AUGAAAUUACCUCCGGACAUGAUGUCUAUUUCAUUUUCAAGGACAACAGUCUCCUCCAGAUCUUUCUCAAUUGGAAUCCCAGCCUUGGUUCUUAGAGAAAAAUCUCUUGCUUUAGUCUCUUCUUCGGUCACACGCAUAUUCAAAUCAUUUGGAUGUCUUAAACAAGCACUACAACCAACUGAACGCCUUUCCACAUUUAAACUCUUCGUGUUUUGGAUCUCAACGAAUUCAGAUUCCUUAGGAUUAGAGCUAGCACCAUUAGUCUAUGAAACACAACAACCAGGCUUCAGGCCAGAGCUGGCAGAAGCCAGGUAG